UAGAAAUAAAUUUAUUCAACAGACAGUUUUGGGUUGGGAUUCCCCACUGUUUGCUAGGGAGAGGCUGGAUCACAUGAAACCUGUUUGCAGCACCUAGGCCUAGUAGAUUACAGUAUUAACAUUCAACAAAAUGGAAAAUUCACCAGAAUUAUUAUCCUCAUCGGACGUUCCAAAUGGUGUUGUACAGCCGUUGUUGACAGAUCUAUACCAAAUAACAAUGGCGUAUGCUUAUUGGAAGGGCGAGAAACGCAACGCAGUCGCUGUCUUUGAUCUGUACUUUCGAAGAAGUCCCUUCGCCGGGGAAUUCACCAUUUUCGCUGGCCUGGGAGAUUGUUUAAAGUACCUACAGAAAUUCAAGUUCUCUGAAUCAGAUAUCACAUAUUUGAAAUCAGUGUUGCCUUCGACGACAGAACCAGAGUUUUUUGAGUAUCUUCAAAACCUAGACGCUUCGAAAAUCACACUCUAUGCAAUUCCUGAAGGAACUGUUGUAUUCCCGAGAAUCCCUUUGUUGCGUGUAGAAGGACCCCUGCCUGUGGCCCAGCUUCUUGAGACCACACUCUUAACCCUGAUUAACUACGCAAGUCUUGUGGCAACUAACGCAGCUCGAUUUAAGUUGGCAGCGGGUGAGGAGAAAUCCCUUCUGGAAUUUGGUCUGCGAAGAGCACAGGGACCAGAUGGCGGCUUGACAGCAUCUAAAUAUUGCUACUUGGGAGGUUUUGACGGUACAAGUAAUGUGCUAGCAGGGAAGCUUUAUGGUAUACCAGUCCGUGGAACUCAUGCUCAUGCCUUUGUCUCAUCAUUUACCAGCUUUGAUGAACUGUCAGAAAUUGAUCUCAAACCAACCAAUGAAAAUGGAGAAAAGAAAGAUUUUAUUGCUUUAUGCAAGAAAUGGUUAUCACAGGUGGCCAGACAUCUGGAGAUAGUUGAAGAGCAGACCAACUCUAGUGAGCUAGCAGCUUUCAUCUCCUAUGCAUCUGCAUUUCCAACCGGUUUCCUAGCAUUAGUUGAUACCUAUGAUGUCUUCAAGAGUGGUAUUCCUAAUUUCUGUACAGUUGCUCUAGCUCUGAAUGAGCUAGGCUACCGUUCCAUUGGUAUCCGUCUGGAUAGUGGCGACCUUGCCUACCAGUCGAAACGCAUUCGCUCUAUAUUCAAAAGCAUAGGAAAAAUGUUCAAAGUUCCUUGGUUUGAAGAUGUAACUAUUGUUGCCAGUAACGACAUCAAUGAAGAUACUCUGCAUUCCCUCAACGAACAAGUACAUGAGAUUGACUCCUUUGGUAUAGGUACUCAUCUGGUAACCUGUCAAAGGCAGCCUGCUCUAGGAUGUGUCUAUAAGCUUGUUGAGGUUGAUGGGAAACCUAGAAUUAAGCUGAGUCAUGAAGUGGAGAAGGUGACAAUACCAGGAAGGAAGCAGGUCUUUCGACUGUAUAGCCAUGAUGGUAAAGCUCUAAUAGACUUACUACAACGUGUUUCAGAGCCUGCCCCAGAGGAAAACAAACGAGUGUUAUGUAGGCAUCCAUUUAGCGAAUCUAAGCGAGCAUAUGUGAAUCCAUCAAGAGUUGAAAAACUGCAUGUAGUCUUUUGGAAAGAUGGCAAGAUUGCUAAACCCUUGCGAUCACUACAAGAAGUGCGUGCAGAUACUAUUGCAUCUAUCAAGUCUUUACGGGAUGACCACAAGAGGGCGCUAAAUCCAACACCUUAUAAAGUAUCGGUGACUGACGACCUGUAUCGUUUUCUUCAUAAACUUUGGUUGGACAACGCCCCCAUCGGAGAACUUUCUUAGACAUACUGUUCCCGUCUCAGUUUUAGAGCAGGAGAUCGCUGCUUCUGAAUGUCAGAAUGAUUUUUGCUGAUUAAUAGUCUGUCAAAAAGGGUUGGUGGGUGGGAGGUUGGAGAUGUGGUAUAUACACUGUUUGCGAUUGAACAAUGCAAGUGAGUGCCUUUUACAUUUAACACCAAAUAUUAAUUUAUGGAAUGGUAGAUAUAUAAAACAACAACCUCCUUUAUUUUCUUUAUAUAGAUAAUUUAUAACAUUUUCGUUAGAUAAAUAAAUGUAUAAUGAUUCAAAUGUCCAUUUUCUGUAUGUUCAUAGAUAUUGCUAAAAUACAGAGCUUUCACAUGAAUUCCGUCUAAUAACAUUCAUUUAAAAUUAUGAGUGCAAUAUGAAUGUUGAAAAUCAAUCCUCCAUUUGGUAAAAUACGUGCAAUGUGCCAAUGGGUAUGAUAUGACAUCAUUAUGCCCAUAUAAUAUGGUUAAUUCACUAAAAAGAUUUUCCCAUAUAUGGGCAAGUAACAAAAAAGUCUUGUUACAUAAAAUGAGGGAUGUCGUGGCGAAAUGUUUAAGUUGUUGCACAGCACAAUAUUAAGUAAAUAAGCUGUAAAAUAUGGGAGCUCAAAAAAUUGCCUAAAAAUCCAAAUUUGUUUUUCAUUAUAAGAUCAACAAUUUAAUGUUAAUCAUUUCCCAAAGUAUUAGUUCUGGAAAUGUCAUACAGACGCAGGACUUUUAAAAAACCCCCCUCCUAACAAUAAUGGACUGCUAUUUGGAAAUUUUUGCAAAGCUCCCAGAAAAUGACAGGCAUUUGUAGAGGUACGUGACUAUGUGUGGGUUGUGGGAAAUGCAUGUAUUCCUAGCCCCGCCAUGACCACGUCUAAAUUGAUUGGUCAGUUGUUAAGCUUGAUUAAUACAUGGCAGUUUUGUUCCAGCAAUUGCUAUUUUCCCUAGCAGAAACAAAUAGAUAUAUAAUGAUCACCAGAUCGAACAUGGAAUGCAUGAUCAUUGUUUUAGGAUUCAUUGUUGUAUUUGAAGAAUGGCAACUUGUACACUUAAAUAGCCCCUAAUCUGGAUCUGUAACAAAUAGGGGCAUGUACACCUGUGUUUCCAGUGAGUUUAGCCACUUAAAGUCCUUGUUCUGUUUCUGUAACACAAUGUGGGCUGUAUAUAAUAUGGCUUAAAUGUUUUAUAAUCCCAAUAAAACAUUGUUAUUGUAUUGGUAUGAAUAUGUAAUGUAGAUUUAUAAUACUGUAUAUGAAUUGAGGGAAAAUAUUGACACCUCAAAGGAGACAUCAUAGCAUGUUAGACCUUUUUACCAUCGGUAUUUGGUGAUUUGUUUAUUCAGUGUCUCAAGCUAGGAUGUAUUAGGUGUAAAAAAAUACAGUAGUUUAUAAACUUGUAUACUGUUUUAAACCAGAAUAUCCAAAUGAUCGUAUAAGAAUACAGAGGAAAAUAUAAAUAUAAGGAUGUUUUAGAAUGUUAUCAAUACAAUAAACUGGAUAGAUAUAUUAUGAUGAAUGUUUUUUAUGCAACAAUAAUGAUAUUACUUUAAUAAUGUAAUACAGUAAUUACUUUUUCAUAUAUGCAAUAAAUAUAUAAUACCAGAUAACAUUUUUGUGCCAGAUUUCUUUUCAUGUAUAUGCUUUCCUAAUUGUUGAAUUACAAUAGCAAUUGUCCAGAUUGUUCACACACUCUUGCAAACAUCUCCUGGAAACUAACCUCUGUAAAUUUAGAACAUGUUUUUACUACUAUAUACCACUGUAUUAUUGUAUGAAGUUCGUGGGCAUUAUAGUAUGCACCAAAAUAUAAGGUGUUUUCUUAAACCUGAUUAAUUUUAAUCAAUUUUUAAAAUUUGAAGGGUCAAUUUGGAUAAAAACAAUUUGUAGAAAUAUAAUACUGUAAUAGGCCUAAUACAACAGAACAGAAAAAUAU